AUGUCUGUCUGCCUGUUCCCCUGGCCACUCCAGCUUUCCCCCCCGGCCCCUCCUCUUGCGCGUCCUGAGUUGCCUCUGCCCUCCUCUCCCCUGCAGUUUGUUGACUUCUGCUCACAGCACACCGCGGAGCACCCGGAGGUGAUUCCCUACCUGGCCAGCCGGCACCAGAAGUCCAGCCCCCAGUUCCUGGCCUCGGUGGAGUUCCGCAACGUGCUGGGCCGCUGCCUGUCGCGGGUGCAGGGCAAGCGCAGCAAGGUCUACGUCUACAUCAACGAGCUCUGCACCGUCUUCAAGGCCCACUCCCAGAAGAGGAAGCUGGCCCUCAGCUCCUCCGCUUCCGCAUCUGCCACCGAGGCCUCUGCCGCCGCCCCCUCCGGGCCCCCUGAGCCACAGGCCGAGCCCCCCCAGCCCCGGAGGGGCUCCAAGCGGCAGAUCCGGUACCUGGAGAACCUGCUGCAGGUGUAUGCGGUGGAGAUCCGGCGGCUGCAGGAGCGGGAGCUGGACCUGGAGGAGCUGGACCGCGAGGACUCGGCCUACCUGCAGGAGAACCGCCUGAAGCGGCGCAUGAUGCGCAUCUUCGAGCGCCUCUGUGAGCUGAAGGACUGUAACAGCCUGACGGGUCGUGUCAUCGAGCAGCGCAUCCCCUACCGCGGGACCCGCUACCCGGAGGUCAACCGCCGCAUCGAGCGCCUCAUCAACCACCCGGAGGCCUUCCCGGACUACAACGACAUCCUCAAGGUGGUGCAGAAGGCCGACAAGCGGCACAGCCUGGGCCUGCCCAAGCGCCAGAUGGAGAGCAUGGCGGCCGACGCCUUCCGGGAGGUCGGCAAUCGCCUGCAGGAGCGGCGCCACCUGGACCUGGUCUACAACUUCGGCAGCCACCUCACGGACCAGUACCGGCCAGGUUCCGACCCGGCCCUGGUGGACAGCGAGCUGGCCCGCCGCCUGCGGCACAACCGGGAGGAGGCCCUGCAGCGCUUGGAGCACGUCGUCGCCCACUACGCCCAGCUGCAGGACAAGGGCGAGGAGGAGGAGUGGCGGCAGCGCCGGAAGCGGGGGGAGCCGGCCUCUCCCACUCCCUCCGGGGCAGCUGGCAGCGGCGGUGGCAAAGAGGACAGACUCAGUCCUCGAGCGCCCAGGAAGGGGGCCUUGCAGGCGGACCAGGAGGAGGAGGAGGAGGAGGAGGAGGAAGAAGAGGACUCCUCCUCCGAGUCAGACCUCGAGGCGGAGUUGGAGAAGAGCUUGGAGGAAGGAGGCGAGGAGGAGGAGGAGGGCCCCGCCCCAGAUGAAGAAGACCCCCCAGGCCAGGAGGUGGAGGCGGACCAGCAGAUGGGGGGACCGGAGGCCACGGAUAUCCCAGAGGUGAUUCUCUACUCCUCUACGGAGGAGGAGGAAGAAGAAGAGGACGAGGAGGAAGCAGCCGCCGCCCCUGCUGCCGAGGAGGAGGGGGAGGAGGGAGCCCCCCCAGGCGUGGAACUGCCCCACGAGGAGCUCUUUGGGCUGGAGGUCGAGGAGACGCAGCAGCAGCAGCGGCCCCCGGAAGGCAGCGAGACGCCUCCCCCCUCCCCCCCGCCCCUUCCCUGGGGCUUCAGCCUCCGCAGACCCUCUCCCCUCCGCAGCCCGGCCCCCGUGGCCGACUCCACCUGUGCCGACUCCCCCUCGGGGCUGGCCCUGGUCACCAGUUCCCAGGGGAGUCCAGCCCCCGUCUGCAAGGCCAGCGUGGCAACACAGUGCGACCCCGAGGAGAUCAUCGUCCUUUCGGACUCGGACUAGUAGCGCCCCCCUCCUGCAGCCCUCGAACCUACCGGAAGGGGGGGGGAGGGGCUCGAGGUGGGAGAAGGAGCGCUGGCCCAAGCGGGGGCCUUGCCUGGUGCUGUGGCCCGGCAGCCCCACCCUCUGGCCGCCCUCUGGCCGCCCGGCGCUUGCGCUUGCCGGCACUGGGGUGGUGGUGGUGGGUUGCGUGUGUGGACUUUGGUGAGCUUCUGUGGUGCUGCAUGGGCUGUGGGGAAGGGGUGGGGGGUGCGGGUGGGGCGCUGCGCUCACGCC